AUGGAAAACAAGGUGUUCCAUGUUUUUUCGGCGUUACAAGCUUUUGUUUUCCUUGAUUUGCACACACUUGGGAUUUUGUCUACCUCCCAAGCAAGUGGAUUAGCUGUCCCUGAUGCUACUAUGCACCCUGUCACAUCAACCUUUAAUGUGCUGGAAUUAAUGGCAACUGGAUUGAGGAAUAGGGCACACGGUGCCACUGCUAUGAAUGAGAGAAGCAGUCGAUCACACAGUGUUGUGACUAUUCAUGUUCAUGGGACGGAUACAAAGACCGGUGGUUCUUUACGCAGUAGUCUUCAUUUGGUAGACCUUGCGGGAAGUGAAAGAGUAGACCGCUCAGAGGUAACUGGAGAUAGACUAAAGGAAGCACAACACAUAAACAAAUCUUUAUCUGCACUUGGAGAUGUCAUCUUUGCUUUGGCGCAAAAGAGUCCUCAUAUUCCCUACAGAAACAGCAAGCUUACUCAAAUCCUUCAAAGUUCUCUAGGUGGUCAAGCGAAGACACUAAUGUUUGUGCAGCUCAAUCCAGAUAUUGGUUCUUAUACUGAGACUUUAAGUACCUUGAAGUUUGCUGAGAGGGUGUCUGGAGUUGAGCUGGGUGCUGCACGGAGCAGCAAAGACGGGAGAGAUGUAAGGGAACUCAUGGAACAGGUGCUCUCAUAA